CGCUCUACCAUGUCUGUUCACGUGUACGACGCUAUCAAUCCAUCAAAGGAUGACCUUGAUCUGUACGCCAAGAUACUCGCUGAAGCAUUCGGCUACGAAUAUUUCGCCGGGGGUUUGGGGGGAGACAAGGCGCUGCAAGAGCCGUUCCUGCUCGCUCAUCUCACUGCCGCGCUCGCCGCGGGAGAAGGCGAGAUACAUGUUGUGGCGUUGGACGGCGUUGGCCCCGUCGGUGUUGCGCUGUGGUUCGGCCCAGGGCACAAGUUCCUUGAUUCCGAUGCGCAGCGAAACGCGGGCUGGAACGAGAUCAUGGGGAAGCUCGAGUCCAAGUACCGGGACUGGUGGACGACGUUCCUGAACCAGUACGACGAGCUCGUGGAGGGCUCUCUGGGGCCGGGCGUGAAGCUCGCCGGUUACCAUCUGCAGGUGAUUGGCGUUUCUCCGGCCCACCAGCGGAAGGGCGCAGCGGGCGCGCUGAUGAGCUACGCCCAAGCAAAGGCUAGCGCGGCGAAGGUUCCGACGCUCUUGGAGACUGUGGGCGCUACGAACGUCACUAUAUACAAGGCACUCGGGUACACUCAGGCUGGGUCGGGGCCGAUAGGAGCUCCGCCUCCGUAUCCGGGCACGUUCGAAAUGUUCGUGUUCAUCAAGCAGAGUAGCACGGAGGGGCAGGAGUGAUGUGUAUGGAUAUCCCC